AGGAAAUCUGGCCCGAUCUGGCAACGCUUAUCGUGAUUGUGACACGAGCGCAUAAGGAGAACCACCCGACGCUGUAGGGACCCCUGAGCUCCGCGUAGAUUCCUGACCCCCCUUAGUCUCUUGGCCUGACCACCGACCCCUAACCAUGAACUACCUUCGGCGCCGCCUGUCCGACAGCAGCUUCGUGGCCAACCUGCCCAACGGCUACAUGAUGGACCUCCAGCGGCCGGACCCCCCAGGGGGCACCCCCCCCACCUCCUCCACCCCCACCUCCUCCACCCCCUCCACCUCCACCCCCGCCUCCCCGGCCAUGGAGCGGCGCCAGCCCCCGGGCCAAGCCGCGGAGCAGCCCCCCCACACCCCGCCCCCGCCCGCCAAGGUCGCAGCCCCCGCCCCGUCCGCCGCAAAGGCUCCUCCCACCACCACCACUGGCCCGGCCCCCGCCCCGGCCGUUACCGCGGCGCCGGCUCCGUCCUUUGGGGGCGGUGGAGGCGGCUUCCUCAGCUCCUUCUCCAGUGUAGUAAAGAGCGCGCAGUUGGCGCAGAACGUAGCCGCCGCCGCGCAGGCUAGGACCGCCGCCGCCGCCGCUGCUGCCGCCGCCGCGGAUGCUAAGCCCGUCGUCCGAAAGCCCAAGAUCCUGCUGGUCAUCGACGGAGCGCACACCGACUGGGCGAAGUAUUUCCGUGGCAAGAAGUUAAACGGCGAAUAUGAGAUCAAAGUGGAACAGGCUGAGUUCUCGGAGAUCAACCUGGCCUCCUACGUGACCAGCGGCUGCAUGGUGGACAUGCAGGCCUCCAGGGGAGCCACCAAGGUGGUCAGGUCCUUCAGGCCAGAUUUUGUCCUGAUUCGCCAGCACGCCUACAGCAUGACCCCGGGGGAGGACUACCGGAGCCUCGUGAUUGGCCUGCAGUUCGGGGGCGUGGCCAGCGUCAACUCCCUGCUGUCCAUCUACAACUUCUGCAGCAAACCCUGGGUGUUUUCCCACAUGAUCAAACUCUACCACUCCCUCGGCCCGGAGAAGUUCCCUCUGAACGAGCAGACCUUCUAUCCCAGCUACGCACAGAUGGGGACCACACCCACUCUUCCUACGGUGGUCAAGAUGGGACAUGCUUACGCUGGCAUGGGCAAGAUCAAGGUGGAGAGCCAGCAGGACUUCCAGGACAUCACCAGCGUGGUGGGGCUGGCCGGGACCUACGCCACCUCAGAGCCCUACGUCCAGUCCAAGUACGACAUCCGCAUCCAGAAGAUCGGAGGCAACUACAAGGCCUACAUGAGGACGUCCAUUUCUGGGAACUGGAAGGCCAACACAGGGUCAGCCAUGUUGGAGCAGAUCGCCAUGACGGACAGGUACCGCGUGUGGAUCGACUCGUGUGCCGAGAUGUUCGGGGGUCUGGAGAUCUGUGCCGUGAAGGCGGUCCACGGGAAGGACGGCAACGACUACAUCAUCGAGGUGAUGGACAGCUCCAUGCCGCUGAUCGGUGAACACGUGGAGGAGGACAAACAGCUGAUCACGGACAUGGUGAUGACCAAGAUGGCGGCCGUUCUCCUGGGUGUCAACGCCGUACCCCAGCCCAGCUCUGUCAAGACCACCCAGCCAAGACGGGCCCAAGCCGGGGUCCGCUCCACCUCCGGUUCCCCGGCCCAGUCGGCCCACAGCUCCCCCCAGAGGGCCCGCUCCGCCUCCACCUCCCCCAGCCAGGCCUUCCAGCCCGGGCCCCUGCCGGCCCCCGGCCCCGGCCAGCCCGCCCACAAGCAAGCCCCCCAGCUCAAUAAGUCCCAGUCCCUGACCAACACCUUCACCGAGACGCUGCGAGGGAACCCCACCGACGACGAGGCCAAGGCGGAGACCAUCCGCAGCCUCCGCCAGUCCUUCGCCAGUCUCUUCUCCGACUAA